AGAUUUAAACCAUAGUUAGUCCAUAGACCUCAAUAGAAGGCUAACACUGUUUAGCUAUUUGGGGCUUGAAAGUUCAUAGAGUUUCAGAGAGCAGAGCUGGCCAUGGAAGCUCACAGCAGCAGUGAAGAAUUCGCAGUGGGGUGCAUGCUCUCCAUCAAGACCACAUUGGGUGAUGAUUUCCAAGGCCAAGUCAUCACCUUUGACCGACCCUCCAACAUUCUCGUCCUUCAAGAGGGAUUGAAAUCUGGGUCAGGGCCGAAGAGAAACAUAAGGCUGUUGAAGGCCAAUUAUAUAAAAGAAUUUUCUUUCCUGGGUCAAGGAGAAGACCCACUUGAUCUGAAAAAGUGUUUUCUUGAUCUUAAUACUCUUCAAUCCAAGGAAGAGUCUGCUAUUAGACAAGCAGAGACAGAGGCUGAGAGGUUUGGAGUUGGGGUCACCGCCGAGGCCCAGACUAUUUAUGAUGCUUUGUCCAAAACGCUUCCGGUAAUGUGGGACAAGACUGCCAUAGUUGUGCUGAAGGAAGUGCGUGUUACAAGUCCAUAUCUUCCUGAAUCAGUCAUUGGAGGAACUCCUGCUGCCAAUGAGCGGGUGCGGAAAGUGCUUGAGUUUGAAAGGAAGAGGUUGCAAGCUCGUAAUCCUGGUCAGUGAUGGUUAUGCCUGUGCAUCAUUACCUUGUUGGGAAAAGCACCUUGAGGUAUAAGGGGUGAUGGCCAUAUAGGUUUUACCCAACCUCACCUCAGAAGAAUUUUACUAUCUAUCGGUGAAGACACUUCAAAGCUGGGAUUAAUAAAGAUUCUGAAUUUCAUUACUGGUUUGCUAUUCUUUGGUUAUACUAUCUGCUUGCUGAUGUCUAAUUGUGACUGUGAGUGCUGCCCAGGCAUAUUAUCUGGGGCAGUUGUCUGUGCCAUGGACACACUAAAAACAAUUCUACUCUGACAUGCUUAUAUAUAUUAGACCCUUCACUAGUCUGUGUGUUGCUAUUUGUUGUGCAGUUAUUAUAAUAAUCAUGAUUAAGAAAUUGCUAAACUUCAUGGGUAAACGUCAUGGUUCCGUGGACUAGCAAUUUUGUUAUCUAGACAAUAUGAAAAUGUUGCU